UUGAGGUUUGUUUAUAUUUACUGUUUACAGCAAAAAAGUAAUUUAUUUUCGCAAUCGAUGUUACGACUGACAGUUGGCUUUGUUCUCACUACUCUCCUGUGGCAAGGUGCCAAGGCGACCUCGUUAACGAGGGAUUACUGGGGACAUUGGAGCCCGUGGGGGGCAUGUAGUGUGUCCUGUGACAUUGGCCAUCAAACCAGGACCAGGGCAUGUCAGUUUUAUUCGGACUCAAUGUGUGACGGACCGAAAGUCCAGCAACGACCCUGCAACAAACUAAUUUGCCCGUCAUACCUCGACGUACCGCGUUUUCACUUCAAAGGAAAAUAUGUGGUCGACAGCCCGACUAAUAAUAACAACCGGUGUUACUUUAAUACCAAGUACUUUAGUCCCACUUUCAGCACCGGCAGAGGGGAAUCAGCAUCUCCGACUUAUUCGAAACAUGGAAAUCCCAAGUAUCGUUUCUCAAGAUCUUCGCACAACCCAAUGGGAAACGGUCAUUUUGAUUUUUAUGAAACUGCAGUAACGUCAGUGUGUAGAGCUUCUGGAAAAUCAUGUACAAACCUUGACCUUUUAGUUACAAGGAAAAUAACAGGUACAAACGCUGGACGAAUGGUCGACCUUGACAACGACUGGAUGAACUCACCAGAAGUUAUAGGGUAUAAGAUCCAAGUUGACGGUGUCUUUGUGGCGCUAAUGGAAAACGGACCAAGUCGGCAGAUCGUACAACGGAUUGUUGGACACGGAGGUGAUUUGGCAAACAUGGCCAGUAUUAAGAGCAAGCUGAUAAACGUAGAAUGGUUGGAUAUUUACUACCAGCAUAUGUUUCGCAACGCUACAAGCCUUUCUAUUUCUUUCGCAAUGGAUUUGUUCAACGUUCAUAGCAAAGGCGGGAGACUUGUAGGUACGAUAGGUAUGACGUCACAGAACGAUCCGCGCAAAGUAUACGGUGGCCGGGUUCUUCGUCCUAUGAAAGGAAAACAACAUUUUGCUUACGAGAUUCCUCUGUUUGUGAAUGAAAAAUUACAGAGAAUUGUUUUAGAUCUGUCUAGCUUCGUCAAGUCGGACAAAAAGGGAAAUUUUAAGCUCAAGAACCAACUAAAAUACGUUGACGUAAUCGUCUUGCCAAAUCCUGAAAUUUGUAAAGUCGUCGAUUGCAAAAGAUAUACAAAUGAAUGCGAUGGCAUUAAAACUGUUCGUUUGACAGACCGUGGGACUCUGAGUUAUAUUCAAAAUGGAAGUACAUGGUACACCAUUCUGGGCGGACUAGUUGAACUCAACAUUCAUAAGAACGGCCUCUCUCACGCUUUGGCAACCACGAGGAUCGGGUUGAUAGAUCGAACUACUUUACACCCACAAACACACCGGCAUAGUUACAAACUGUGUGACUUACUUCCAAAAUACUGCACGUCAACAACACAUAAAGCUAAACCGAAUUGCCAGAUUUUAGCUCUUGAGGAUGAAGCUGGAAUCAAUUUUAAACCAACUGGAGGUUUUACAAAACGUUUAAGUCGUGGUGAGACAUGGAAUAUUGAAACGGUUGCGUCAUCGUUUGGCCGUCCCUUGGAAGGCGCUGAUAUGAGUUUGAUGGUUAUGAAGCAAACAGCGGGACAAGAUACUUGCUCUGGUACAAAAUCGACACCUUGUUCGCCUUACGUUGGCCGACCACGUUCAGCCCUCCAGUUAUCCAGCGGUUCAAUACUUACCGAUGUAAAUGGAAAUGCAAAUCUUACAAUAAAAGCAGUCAGUAACCCAGGCAACCCACGUGGUUGCGGAAUGGACGGCCAGGUUUAUCAUCUUGGUAUGAUCGUAUCUUACAAGACUCCUGAAGGUAAAGUGAUUCGCAUUGGGGAUGGAGCAGCUUUCAGUUCAGCCACUUCGUCUUCAGUUACGGAAGCUACAGCAAGGAAACAAUGUCAUCUUACUUCAACUCGUUUCACGUUUGGCUUCAUGCUUAAAGUUUUCGGGUCGUUACCUGCUUCUGUGAUGAGAAAGCGUUGUCCAAGCUGGACUAAGGACAUACGGCCAAUAUUUCAACUUUAUUACAAUCUCUACCCAGUUAUGCAUACACAUGAUGUUAUAAACCUAAGAUCUGUCGGCGAUGUAAGAUCUAAGCUACGUAUGAUCAAUAUGUCGAUGUUUGAAUACGACUGGAAUCAUCCCAACUUCAUGCCGACCACUCGUGACCUUUCACCUGAUAAGACGGAAAUCGUAAGAAGGUGGCUCGAAUGUGAGAUGAAUGGAACACCUGAGGAUGCCACAAGUUCAAAGAGAGAUGAAAUGAUAGAGGCUCGCAACGCUGUGUGUGGUACGCCGAAUAAAGUCAUCAAAACAAUGGAGGAAAUCCGCAACAUAAUCCAGAUGGGAAUAUGGGUCGAACUGUACACCAUACCCCCCUAUAUGACUGCCAUGUUAUCUCUCAAGCGUGAAAAGUUUAAAGAAGUUUACAAUAUACUGAAAAGCGUAUCUACAGAGGAAAUGCUCCAUAUGGUUCUUAAUGCAAACGUGCUUAACUCAAUUGGCGGUAAACCAAACACAACAGAUACGUUCUGGUUGCCAGAUUACCCAACCACCCUACCUUCAAUGGGAUUUUACCAGAUUCGCCCCGAUAUCACAUUAACGAUUGCCCCCUUUUCCCGCGCCAUCGUGAAAGAUGUUUUCAUGGAAAUUGAGAAACCAGCUUCCCCGAAUGUUAUGACAAUAUUGCACAAUGUCGCCCUCAUGUGGGCUCGACUACCUGGAGAUGCCGGCGGUCGUUGGAAAAGUUUUGAAACUGAGGGAAAAACCCUUUACGCAGAUACACUCUCAAGGCUAAACGCCAGCUCUGGUCCAGUGUGGCUACGAAGGGCGGAUUCUCUACGUUCCAUCUUGGACACGGUAUCGGCGGAUGAAGCUCAAACAGAAGACAGCAACGAUUGGCGUUACUUAUUUCAAACGGCGACCGAACUUCUGGAAAAUCCUGAGAUCGCGGACGUUUACACCAUUGGAGGAUUCUACGCUCACGCCAUGUUGCGUUUAAUACAAGCGGAAGCCUGCGUUAAAAUGGAUUCACCCAACAACACUGUGUUUACCGGUGACCCCACAAGACAGUUCGGACCAGAGCAGUGGUAUGUGACCAAGGGUCUGAGCAGUGCAACUUUAUUUCCCGUCCACGGUUUAAAAUCUGCGAUCGAAGCGCUCAUGGAAGUUGUAUAUGAAGGAGAGGGUGGCACACCAUGCGCACCUUUCAUAACUGAAAUAGCCGAGAACGAAAAUUCCGUUGACUCCAAUUCCGGUAUAAACGCAUACAACGAAAAAUCUCAUUACGUGAAAUUCCAAGAAAUCACACACGGCCGAAAGUUGGUGCCGGUAUCGGUUCAGCAACCACAGUGGCCUGAAGGGAGGUGUUUGCAGCAACCGGUAGAGGUUUGUGGAAACAACUCGAAUCUCGUGAGCUUUUGCUUCCAAGGGGAGUCGAUCGCUUUCACUGAAGCAAAUAAUGUUCUUCCUGGAGAAAUAGUUGAUCUUGACGGUCAUUACCUAAAGUCAGUGAGCGCUGUGACCAAACAUCUCAUAUAUAAGUUCACAUCAACUUAUACUGGGUUGCUGCAGUGUUUAGAAAUGUCGAUGAACGGGAACGUUUCCAGCAUGAAGAAAUGCAUGGGAAUAAUGUACGAGCUACUAAGUGCUGGCAAAAAGUUGGUGAAGACGCCAAUUCGUAAAGGAAGCAAAGUAAUGAAUCUACCGGUAUGGACUUAUCAGCGAGACCCAUACAAGAAAGAAGGAUUGCACGUUGUUCAAACAUCAACCAGCAUUACCGACGUAUUUUGUUGAUAGCAAAUUUUCGACACUAUUUGAAUUAUAUCCGGUGAUAGUUUCCAUUUAUUUCAUGUUAUUUUACUUUUGUUGUGAUUUAUUAUCCUUGCCUUCAGUGUUAACAUUUUCAAUUGUUUACAUUAAAAAAACAUGUGUUCGCUU